AACCCCAAUACACUAAGCACCAUUUUGAUUAUUUUCCCGACCCAAAAUUGUGAUGUUAGUUGUCCGUUGCCAUAACAUGGAAUUUGUUCCAUGACCUUUUUCCAUAGAAUACAGACUGAAAAACCGACACUUGGAACAAAUUUCCCAUCAGCAAAAAGAGCAAAGCACCUUCAAUAAAACGCUACAAUAACUAUGCAGAGCCUUCUCUCCAAAAUCCCCAAAAAUCUCUCAAAUGUAAGCAAAAAUCCUUCACAAACAUUCCUCUUCCUAACUUCCAAGACAAACCAAUGUCACCCUUUACCACAACAACAACACUUUUUUUCUACCACAUACAAUACUUUCUCACACUCACACUUAUGGAAGCCACAAAAUGUUAAAUUCCCUCAUGGGGUUUUCUCAAACCCACUCUUUUCAAAGAAGGUGUUACCAAAUACCCUUUUCGGAGGUGAUUUAAGCAGGGUUUUAGUUAACCAGACUGUUGGGGUUGUGAGGACUCAGUUUGGAAGAAGAAUUUUUCACUCUAAUUUCCCAUUUGGUUCCACUAAACUUGGCUGGAGAUCAGGUUUUGGGAGGUUUUCUACCGAUGGAGUGGUGUUAGCCCUGAUCUUAACUAAUGUAGCUGUGUUUUUGUUAUGGCGUGUUGCUGAUAAUAGAUUCAUGAUGAGGAACUUCAUGAUUUCAGUGGCCAAUUUUACAAGUGGACGGAUUCACACAUUGAUAACAUCUGCUUUCAGUCACAUUGAUGCUUGGCAUCUUAUCUCUAACAUGGUUGGACUAUACUUCUUUGGAACAAGUAUCGGUAGAACUUUUGGGCCUGAGUUUCUUCUGAAGCUGUAUCUAUCUGGAGCAGUUGUUGGCUCAGUUUUUUACUUGAUAUAUCACGCCUUUAUAGCUCCAUCACUGCAGGGUGCGAGUGGGGCUGUAAAUGCAGUGUUGCUGCUUGAUAUAUUCCUGUUCCCUAAAAAGACUCUGUAUUUUGACUUUAUUAUUCCCGUCCCAGCAAUCUUACUGGGAAUCUUCAUUAUUGGAAAAGAUGUCUUAAGAAUAUUGGAGGGUGACACUCAAAUCUCUGGAUCUGCUCAUCUGGGUGGGGCUGUCACGGCUGCUAUUGCAUGGGCUCGAGUAAGAAGGGGAAGAUUCUGAAGACUUAGUUCCUCGGAAAUGUAAUUUCGGCUGAUAUAGCUAGGAUGUACCAAAUUGCAUUAUCUCUUUACAUAUAUAUGUUUUAUAGCCCCAGCUCCUUCCCACACUUUAUUUUUUGCCUUUUUCUAGGGUGAAGUACCAAGAUGCCCCUUUGAAUGGCAGCAAUUGUCACAUUCUACAUUCAUGGAUAUUACCAACUCAAUUUGCAGCCUGAAA